GUGCUGGCCCAGCAACUCCUCAGUCCAUGUGUUGUCGGUGAUGACUGUGUAGCUACCUCUACCAGUACGUAUUCUCUCUCUCAGUACCUCAGUCUUCAUUCCUCAGUCCAAUACUUCGUAUCACUACAAUCUAAGAUGUUCACAUGCCGAUGGUUACGGCGAGCCGGGCGGGCGAUGAGCAGGCUGUCCGUGGAGACCCAGAAAACCCAGAAGAGGCAGAACUCCCAGUUCAUCCUGGAGUCUACCCUCCCGCGAGUGACCAUCCCUUCCCAGACGAUCCAGGAUAAGAUCUUCGAGCACAUGGACAGGUGGCCUGAGCACACAGCAUUAGAGUGCUGUAUGUCCGGCAGAAAUUACACCUAUGCCCAGCUGGAUGAGUUCAGCAGAAGGGUGGCUGCUGGGUACCUGAAGUCAGGCCUGAGGCCAGGUCAGGUCGUAUCUUUUGUCUUGCCGAACAUCCCAGAGUUCAUUAUCGCCCUUCUAGGAGCACUCAGGGCCGGACUUGUAGUAUCUACUAUUAACCCUAUCUAUGGAAGUGAGGAAAUAGGCUAUCAGAUAAACAAUUCUGACUCUGCUCUUGUAUUAACAUUUAUGUUGAAGUUGGAUGAAGUUAAAACUGCUGUGAGCAAAAUGGACAAAAAACCCAUUAUCACAGUGAUACAUCAGCCAGGCGAGGAAGUCCCGGAUGGCAUUCAGUCAUUCAUGGAACUAUUCAUGGUUGAUGAAGAUGACCAGAAAGCUGUAGAUAAGGUCAAAAUUGAUCCUGACAAUCUCGCGUUACUUCUCUAUUCCUCAGGUACAACCGGUCUUCCAAAAGGAGUCCGCCUGACGCACAGAAAUAUUGUUUCAAAUAUUGUGCAAGUAGAACAGCCAGAAACUUGUCCAGUAAUUGACACCACGGCUGAUUAUCAAGAUACGAUUGCUUGCGUACUACCAUUCUUCCAUGUAUACGGCCUUGUAAUUGGCAGUCUCUCUUACCUGGGUAGAGGUUGCAAGCUUCUGACCCUUCCGAGGUUUGAGCCUGACAUGUACCUCAAGGCAUUGAAAGAACAAAAAACAACGCUGGCACAUGUGGUUCCACCUUUGGUGCAGUUUUUAGCAAAUCAUCCUGCUGUAUCAGCAUCUCAUCUUGACACUUUGAGGUACUGUAUGAAUGGUGCAGCUGCUGUAUCACAAACCGAUGCCAAUAAACUGCUCGAGAAGAAGAAAUCAUUACGUAUUCUUUCUGGUUAUGGUUUGACUGAGGCAUCGCCAGUGAUAACAUGUAGCAAAAAUACGUCAACAAAUUUAAUUUCUGUUGGCCAUAUCGUCCCGAACACAGAAAUAAAGAUAGUUGAUACAGAAACAGGCAAGAUCAAAGAUGCAAGCACUCCUGGAGAAAUAUGUGUCCGUGGACCACAGAUUAUGGAUGGCUAUCACAAAAACGAUCAAGCCACCCAGGAAACUAUCAUUGAUGGGUGGCUUCACACAGGUGAUGUGGGCUACUUCGACAAAGAGGGGCAGAUGUUUAUUGUAGACCGAAUCAAGGAAUUAAUCAAAGUUAAAGGUUUCCAGGUUGCACCAUUAGAAUUAGAAGAGAUUUUACGAGCACAUCCUGGUGUGGCUGAUUGUGGAGUAGUUGGUAAGCCUGAUAAGAGAUUUGGAGAAGUCCCUGUAGCAUUUGUCGUCCCUUCGAAAAAGAAACCAACAACCAAGGAGCUUCAAGAAUACGUAGCUGCCAAAGUUGCAGAGUACAAGCAAAUCUCAGAAGUUGUAUUCAUAGAAGCCAUACCUAAGAAUCUAACUGGAAAGAUACUUAGAAAGAAUUUGAAAGAAAUGUUGACACAAGGGUAAACGUCAGAAUGAAGAAGAGCUAAGAAACGAUAGAUUGUUUGUGACUCCCUUUAGCAAAGAUAAAGAAACUUUUUCUGCUUUAGAGAGACUCUUCAAAACAUCAGAGUGAUUUGAGAGCAGAUGUUUACGUUAGUUUAUAGAGAUCUCCACAAAGGUGGCCACGUCGAGUUUGAAAACUUCAAGUGCCUGCUUAAAAAAAAAAAAUUCUAACGUAGAUGAAUCAGCAAAACAAUAUUUUUUUAACUGUUCAGAUUUUUGACAAAUUCAUAUCUAAUUCCCUUUUUAUAAAACGAUUCUAGGAGAACAUACUCAUUUAAACUCGAGAAAAAAAUUACAGUGCGAAAUCAAUUAAAAUUCUUGAAGAAAGCCAAAAGUAUGCCAUACAUCCUUCUUAGGAAUUGUAAGAUAGUAGCUGAAAUUGAUUAGUUUAAUAAAUGGUCAAUUAUUAUUGAGAAAUGUAGAACUGAAAACAGUCAUUAUCCUGAAUACAAAAAAUAAAAUAAAAAUUAAAAAAAAAUAAAAACAACCUAUAUUUUUAUAAAAUAUUAGACAUAGGGAUAAGAAUAAAUGAUAAACAAUUACAAAAGUAGUAUAUUUACUUUAUAUUAAAGUGACGUAAGGUUCAAAAGGAAAAGACUUACCGCUCUCUCUCCCCUCAAAUUCUUUUAAUUCUGAUUUAAUUUUAAUUGACAAAAUGCCGAAAAUUAUUGAGACUGAUUUGAGUAUAUUUAUUCUGGUUUGUAACACAAUAAAUUCUGUAGUAUCUUAAUCCUCCAGUACAUGCAUGUGAUGUAAGAUUUAACUCUGGUAUAAAUAAUUUAUAUGAAAGAUCUGAACUAAUUUUUGAAAUGUUUUUCUAAAUUUUCAGGCCGAUUUACAAUCAUUUCGUACUUUAGAGAGUAGAAAAUAUAAGAUCCUAAUGCACAAUUUGCAUUUUUAUUUAAUUAAAUUUAAUUUAAUUUUUGUUUUUUUCAAUUCUUGAACUGUUCUGAUUACACUUGGCUAAUUGUAAAAGUAAAUUGUACCAUUUUUUUGGAGGGGGGAGGGGGAAAUAAUGUAAAACAUUAUUUGGAAGAUUACAAUUAGUUUGUCUAAGGACUAAAAUUCGCACAAGAACAAAAUAAAUUAAUGAACUGAGUAGAAAUAAUAAGAGACUGCAUAUCUGAGAUCGUUUGCAUGUGCUGGAGGUUGAAAACAUUCAGUAGGUAAUAAGUAGCAAUUUAAUGCCAUUUGAUCACUUGGUGGAAACAAUUUAUGUACGUGUUAUUGUUUUAGAAAACUUAAAAAGAAAAAAAAAAUGAAGUAUGAAACAUAUUAGACAAUGUUAAAAAAUAUUCCGUUUAAAGAAUAAGAUUUAAAUUAAAACAAUUUUAAGGGUUACCUUCAGAAACCUUUAAAUAUUUUAUUUUUGGCUCGUGAAGAUACUUUUUACAAACCUGUUAGUUAUAACCAACAUUGCAGCUUGUUAUAAAAGUCUGUUGACAUUAAGAUUGUAAACAUUAAAAUAUGAAUGUUGUUUAAUCUAUAUUGUACAAAAUGUAUAAUUAUGAAUAUUAUAAUGUAUAAUUAUGUACAUAUCUUAUAAAUAAUAUAUACAUACAUCUAUAUAAAAAAUAUAUAUAUUUUUAUUUUUGACAAAUAUUUUAAGGUUUCUGGUUAAAUUAUUAUUUUAACAGAUUUGAGUGAAUUAGUGCUUACAAAUUUUAUUUUUAAUUUAUGGAUUAGGUGAAAUUUUGUUAAAUAUAAAUUGUUUUCAGAAAU